CCGGCCUUUUCUCCAGCCCGGUACUUUCGUUUUCAGCGCCGAGUCUGGACGGGUCCGGGAGACUUCGUGGACCGCGCCCCUCAAACCCCCUUCGGACGCAGCUGAGCCGCGCAGGGAGAGCUGCAGGGAGAUCUCACUGCGCUUGCGUGCAGUGAGAGAGCGCCAGUAGUAUCAGCAUUGAUCCUUCCCCCGAGCCUCCGCCUAGAAGCGCGUGCAACUGGCUCCUAACUUGUUGGGUGUAGUGGUUGCUUGUGUUGACUCCCCAGCCUGUGCCCGGAGACAGCCCAAGCAUGUCGCAGUGGUACGAGCUCCAACAGCUGGACUCCAAGUUCCUGGAGCAGGUUCACCAGCUGUAUGACGACAGCUUUCCCAUGGAGAUCAGACAGUACCUGGCCCAGUGGCUAGAAAAGCAGGACUGGGAGCAUGCGGCCAAUGACGUUUCAUUUGCCACCAUCCGUUUCCACGACCUCCUCUCUCAGCUGGAUGAUCAGUACAGCCGCUUUUCUUUGGAGAAUAAUUUUUUGUUGCAACACAACAUAAGGAAAAGCAAGCGGAAUCUGCAGGAUAACUUCCAGGAAGAUCCUGUGCAGAUGUCCAUGAUCAUCUACAAUUGCCUGAAGGAAGAGAGGAAGAUUUUGGAAAAUGCCCAGAGAUUUAAUCAGGCGCAGGAGGGGAGCAUUCAGAACACCGUAAUGCUGGACAAACAGAAGGAGCUGGACAGCAAAGUCAGAAACGUGAAGGACCAGGUCAUGUGUAUAGAGCAUGAAAUCAAGACUCUAGAAGAUUUACAAGAUGAAUAUGACUUUAAAUGCAAAACCUCACAGAACAGAGACAGUGAAGCCAACGGUGUGGCCAAGAAUGACCAAAAACAAGAGCAGCUGCUGCUCCAUAAGAUGUUUUUAAUGCUCGACAACAAGAGAAAGGAGAUAAUUCACAAAAUCAGAGAGUUGUUGAAUGCCAUCGAGCUCACGCAGAAUACACUGAUCAAUGACGAGCUGGUGGAGUGGAAGCGGAGACAGCAGAGCGCCUGUAUCGGGGGCCCGCCCAACGCUUGCCUGGACCAGCUACAGAGCUGGUUCACUAUCGUUGCAGAGAGUGUGCAGCAGGUUCGUCAGCAGCUUAAAAAGCUGGAGGAGCUGGAACAGAAAUUCACCUACGAACAGGACCCGAUUACAAAAAACAAGCAGGUGUUGUCGGAACGCUCCGUCGUCCUCUUCCAGCAGCUCAUUCAGAGCUCGUUUGUGGUGGAACGACAGCCGUGCAUGCCAACCCAUCCUCAGAGGCCGCUGGUCCUGAAGACUGGGGUACAGUUCACUGUGAAGUUGAGACUGUUGGUGAAAUUGCAAGAGCUGAAUUAUAAUUUGAAAGUGAAAGUCUCAUUUGACAAAGAUGUGAACGAGAAAAACACAGUAAAAGGAUUCCGGAAGUUCAACAUUCUGGGCACGCACACAAAAGUGAUGAACAUGGAAGAGUCCACCAAUGGAAGCUUGGCGGCCGAGUUCCGGCACCUGCAAUUGAAGGAACAGAAAAAUGCUGGCAACAGAACUAACGAGGGGCCUCUCAUUGUCACUGAGGAACUUCACUCUCUUAGCUUCGAAACCCAGUUGUGCCAGCCGGGCUUGGUAAUUGACCUUGAGACCACCUCUCUGCCCGUCGUGGUGAUCUCCAACGUCAGCCAGCUCCCCAGUGGCUGGGCAUCGAUCCUGUGGUACAACAUGCUGGUGACAGAACCCAGGAAUCUCUCCUUCUUCCUGAAUCCGCCGUGUGCGUGGUGGUCGCAGCUCUCAGAGGUGCUGAGCUGGCAGUUUUCAUCGGUCACCAAGAGAGGUCUCAAUGCAGACCAGCUGAGCAUGCUGGGAGAGAAGCUUCUGGGUCCUAACGCUGGCCCUGACGGUCUCAUUCCGUGGACCAGGUUUUGUAAGGAAAAUAUUAACGAUAAAAACUUUUCCUUCUGGCCUUGGAUUGACACCAUCCUAGAACUCAUUAAGAAGCACCUGCUCUGCCUCUGGAAUGAUGGGUGCAUCAUGGGCUUUAUCAGCAAGGAGCGAGAACGUGCUCUGCUCAAGGACCAGCAGCCUGGGACCUUCCUGCUUCGGUUCAGUGAGAGCUCCCGGGAAGGAGCCAUCACGUUCACAUGGGUGGAGCGGUCCCAAAAUGGAGGCGAGCCCGACUUCCAUGCCGUUGAACCCUACACGAAGAAAGAGCUUUCAGCUGUUACUUUCCCAGAUAUUAUUCGCAAUUACAAAGUCAUGGCUGCUGAGAACAUACCAGAGAACCCCCUGAAGUAUCUGUACCCCAAUAUUGACAAAGACCAUGCCUUCGGAAAGUAUUACUCCAGGCCAAAGGAAGCACCGGAACCCAUGGAGCUCGAUGACCCUAAGCGAACUGGAUACAUCAAGACUGAGUUGAUUUCUGUGUCUGAAGUCCAUCCUUCUAGGCUGCAGACCACAGACAACCUGCUUCCCAUGUCUCCAGAGGAGUUUGAUGAGAUGUCUCGGAUAGUGGGCUCAGAAUUUGACAGCAUGAUGAACGCAGUAUAAACACGAAUUUCUCUCUUCUCUGGCGACAUUUUUCUUCCCAUCUGUGAUCCCUUCCUGCUACUGUUCCUUCACACGUGGUAUUUCUAGGGAAAUGCGAGAAAGAACCACGCACUUGCUACACCUGAUGAUAGCAAGUGGAUCUUCCUCUAAUCAGAAACCUGUCGCUCUGAAGGACGGCGUGCGUCUUACUGAAGGUGAAACGGAGAGUCACUUAUGCAAACUGUAUUUUGUGAGCAAAAAGCAGAGACCCACUCAAGGCAUCAGGACUAGAAUGCGAGUGUUUGGGAAAGGUAGGGCAUAGCAACUUCUA